ACGGACGCGCGCGUCCGACUCGUUGUCCGAAAAAAAAACGCGUCCAAUCGCGGCCGCGAAGUGUUAUGAUCAUGGCUAAAGGGUUUUGUGCUUUCUUGUGUGUUUGUCUGUGUGUUCAAAUUGUGGUUGGUCAAUUUGGUUUCUUCCAAGAAAGAAGUAAUCAGAAUGGUUUCCCAUUCUUCGGCCAAGUUAUACAAGGACCCAGAAGAAUAAAGGACAGGAUAACAGGAUUCUUCAACCAGCCAAAUAGACCUCAAAUAAGUAGUAAUAAUGAGGAUACAAUUAUCAUUGUUGAAGAAACUCCAAGUAAUAAUCAAUAUGGUAUUUACAAUGGACAGAAUUUCGGAAGACCAGUCGUCUUUCCAGAUAGCAAUGGUAAUGGCGGUAAUACACCGAAUGGUAACGUGAACUUCCAACCAAACCAAGGCAAUGGAAACUUCCAACCCAACCCAGGCAAUGGGAACUUCCAACCCAACCCAGGUAAUGGGAACUUCCAACCCAACCCGGACAACGGUAACUUCCAACCCAACCCAGGCAAUGGGAACUUCCAACCCAAUCAAGACAAUGGUAAUUUUCAACCCACGCAAGACAAUGGGAACUUCCAACCCAACCCAGGCAAUGGUAACUUCCAACCCAACCCAAACAAUGGUAGCCCCCAGAAUGGGAAUGACUUCAACCAAGGGCAAGGAGAAAAUAAUGGAUACGAAAAUGAAAAUAAACAGAACAACGAUGUGAAAUCGAAUGAAGAGAAUACAGUUCCCGAGAACGACCCAGUAAACUUCGAGGAUACUCCGAAGGUCCAAGAGACCACAACAUUACCGGCACUCGUCCCAGUGCCGGACCCCGAGUCCAGGAACAACUUCAACUUCAGACCUCAGAGCCCGUUCAAGGAAACAUGUACGACGGUGGAGGGCGGUGUCGGCAGCUGCAUCUCGGUGUACACGUGCCAGCCGUACCUGAGCGUCAUCCAGGCGUCCAGGACUAACCCCAAUGCUGUGCAGCUGCUGAGAAAGGCGCACUGCGGGUUCGAGGGAACCGCGCCUAAGGUAUGCUGUCCCCGUCCGGGCAUCCCCACGGUCCCACCAGUCAGCACAACCACCACACCGGCCCCCACACCAGCCCCCACGCCCGCGCCCACUCCAGCCCCGAAGACCACGACAGGAGACUUCGUGGACGCCCUCCCCGAGCCCCCGGUCUGCGGAACCAGUAAUGCCACCUUCAGUAGAGUGGUUGGCGGUAUUAAUGCUAAGCUUGGUGACUUCCCGUGGAUGGCUCUCCUGGGCUACAAGAACGCUCGCUCGGGCGGCACCAGCUGGCUCUGCGGCGGCUCGCUGGUGACCGCGCGACAUGUGCUCACCGCCGCGCACUGCAUACACAACCACGAGAACGAUCUUUACGUAAUCCGUCUUGGCGAGCUGGACCUAGCCAGCGAGACGGAGGGCGCGACCCCCGUGGACAUCCUCAUCAAGCAGAAGAUCAAGCACGAGCAGUACAGCGCCACCGCCUUCACCAACGACAUCGGAGUGCUCGUGCUACAGAACGACGCUCCCUUCUCUGACCUGAUCAAGCCGAUCUGCAUCCCUAAGGAGCAGGAGCUCCGCGCGAGGAGCUUCGAGGACUACAACCCCAUGAUCGCCGGCUGGGGACACACCGAGUUCCGCGGCCCAUCAGCCACGCACCUGCAGGUGCUGCAGCUGCCGGUGGUGAGCAACGCGCAGUGCGCGGCCGCCUACAGCGCCUACAAGGCGCAGCGCAUCGACGCGCGCGUGCUGUGCGCCGGCUACAAGCAGGGCGGCAAGGACGCCUGCCAGGGGGACAGCGGCGGCCCGCUCAUGCAGCCCAUUUACAACCAGCAGACGUACCAGACGUUCUUCUACCAGAUCGGCGUUGUGUCGUACGGCAAGCGCUGCGCGGAGGCGGGCUUCCCCGGCGUCUACUCCAGGGUCACACACUUCGUGCCCUGGAUCGAGGAGAAACUCAUCGGUCGCUCCAUCUCGUAGCCAGGAUACAUCACACCGUAGUUCAGUUUACCUCGUAGCGGGACCAGACGCCACCUUGUAGUGGGACUACAGGAUUCGUAGCCGAGAUAACCUCGGAGCAAGGCUACGCGUCCUUUAAAUAGGGAACUUCGUAGCGGGGUACUGGACUACGGGCUACGUGACAACUACGAUACCUAUGCUACGUACGUGCUACGAGAUUAUUUAUCGCUAGCGAAAAUUAUUCCCGUUUUUGUAAGCUUCAGGAGAUUUAUUAUUGUUUGUGUUGACAAAUAGUCUGACAAGAAAAGAACAAUAUUAGCGUUAAUGGUGUUCAGAAAUUAUUACAGUAAGUAACUACUCAAGAAAUGUCGAUAAUUUUUUUUUAUUAUUUGAUAACAUAAACAAUUAUAAUCACGGUCUGGCAUAAACUUAUGUCAAAUGAAAAAUUCAAUUCUAAAAGAUAUUUGAAAACGCUUAAACGGACCACUUGAUAUUUAAUGUUUGCUUCACAUUGAACCUAUUCACACUGUUCAUUGGGAAAUUAUUUAUGGCAAAAUAAAAUGACAUUUAGAAAUAUUUAACAAAUGAAAUGAGAUUUAAUCUUCUUGUACAAGUAUUAGUUUACUGGUUAAGCUAUGUUUGUUAUAUUUAUUCAACAAUUUUAUGGAACAAAAUGUAACAUAAUAUACGUAUUUAAAUUAACUUAAAUUCAAGCCUCAAUUUAACUACAAGUGCUUAUAAACAACAAAGAUUAUUUAAAACAAGAAAUAAUCAAAUUG